AUGGGGUCGUGUUUUAGCACGGAGGGCACUGGGGAUGUGGAACAGAAGAAGAGAAGCCAGGCCAUUGACCGCAAGUUAGAGGAGGAUUCGAGACGCCUACGGAGAGAAUGCAAGAUUCUAUUACUCGGUUCUGGAGAGAGUGGGAAAUCUACUAUUGUUAAGCAGAUGAAAAUCAUCCAUCAGAACGGCUACACAGUGGAGGAGUUAGCCUUAUACCGGCUGACGAUCUACAAAAACCUUUUGGAUUGCACCAAAGCUCUCAUCGGAGCUUAUCACCAAUUCAACCUCGAGCCCACAAGCUCCAAGGUUCGAGAAUACAUUGAAUUCCUGUCAGAAUACAACAUCGACCCGGAUCCAAAUACACCGCUAGACCUUCGAGUCGGGGAUGCGGCCACAUACCUCUGGAACGAUCCAUGCACAUCGACUGCCUUGGAGCAUCAAAAUGAGUUCUAUCUCAUGGAUUCUGCACCAUAUUUCUUCGAGGAGGCGAAGCGCAUAGCGUCCCCUGAUUAUAUUCCGAAUGUGGCCGACGUGCUCCGUGCACGAACAAAGACAACCGGUAUCUACGAGACACGUUUCACAAUGGGCCAGCUUAGCAUACAUAUGUUCGACGUCGGAGGUCAACGCAGCGAGCGAAAGAAGUGGAUCCAUUGCUUUGAGAACGUCACUUCCAUAAUUUUUUGUGUGGCAUUGAGUGAAUAUGACCAAGUGCUGCUGGAAGAAAGCAAUCAAAAUCGAAUGAUGGAGAGCUUAGUACUCUUCGACUCAGUGGUCAACUCGCGGUGGUUCAUGCGAACGAGCAUCAUCCUUUUUCUGAAUAAGGUGGAUCUCUUUCGCCAGAAGUUACCACGCUCACCUUUGAGUAAAUACUUCCCCGAUUACUCUGGCGGUAAUGAUGUGAACCGGGCCGCCAAAUACCUUUUAUGGCGAUUCAACCAGGUCAAUCGAGCACAUUUGAACCUCUAUCCACACCUUACCCAAGCGACCGAUACCACAAAUAUCCGUUUAGUCUUUGCGGCCGUUAAGGAAACAAUACUGCAAAACGCCUUGCGGGAUUCAGGAAUCUUAUGA